AUCCGUCUUCCACUGCUGAUGUUUUCGUAAUUGUGCGGUUUUACAGGUGAAUCAGUGAGAGGAGGCUGAAGGUGAGACAGGUGAGACUGGUCGCUCUUUGCAUGGCCUGAAGGGGUGGAACACUGCCCCCUGCUGUCCCGCUGGGGAAACACAUUCGCUAAUACCUUACAGGCUCAUAUUGGCCUUUGUGUUUGUUUGAAUGCUCCGGUAACGAACUCAGAGGGCAGUUUUUCAGCUCCACGGGCAGUUUGGGGGCUUCUGGUUGUACCUCCAGCAUGGAGCGGCUGUAGCGGCAACACGUCCGCGGCGACAGCUCACUGCGUGGCGGUUUCCGGUGUCCGUCCGUCUGCAGGAGGAUGGCGUCCGGCUUCAACCGCAUCCCCUGUACCGCCGGUCCUCCGAGUCCUAAAUAUACCGAAGAUUGUCGACCCCAGGCUGAAGACGACAGUGAAAAUCGCCGAUAAGGACCUCGAGAUUUCUCCCCUAUCUCAAAAGACGUGGGUAAACACAGAUAUAGCACUCUGCUCUCCGUGUGCCGGUUGCCACCUCUCCUCUCAAACCACAUCCACCUUCUCAGCUUGGCAGCGGAACCCCCUCAUCUGCUGAGUGCUGAAUCCCUGCAUGCGAAGUGGAAGGAUGACGGAGGCGUGGCAGCAGCAGCAGCAGCAACAUGCGGUGGCUCCUCCCUCGGUUGUGCACACGCUCCCUCAGGGAACUGACAACCCUCUGGGCUGCACUGUGUACGGAGUCGUCCUGCAGCCAGACACCUCGCUGCAGCAGCCCCAGCAUGGGCAGCAGCUCUCCGUUCAAGCCCAGCAGCCCUCCUUACAGGUAGGGGGUGAGAGAGGGCACAAAUGUGGAGCCUGUGGCCACGACAUCUCUCACCUGGCCAACCCUCAUGAACACCAGUGCAUGGUGAACCAAGACCGAUCCUUCCAGUGUACUCAGUGUAUGAAGAUCUUCAGCCAGGCGACGGACCUGCUGGAGCAUCAGUGUGUGCAGGUGGAGCAGAAACCUUUUGUGUGUGGUGUGUGUAAGAUGGGCUUUUCUCUGCUCACCUCCUUGGCCCAGCAUCACAACUCGCACGGCAAUGGAAACAACCCCAUGAAGUGCUCCAUCUGUGAGAAAACGUACCGGCCAGGUUCUGGGAACGUCACCCCAACCUCGUCGGCUGCCAAUCCUCAGCAGCCCUCCACUGGUGAGACGUCCAGUGGUGGUGCGGCGAUCAGUGCCUCGUCUCCUCCCGCAUUUGAGGCCUCUGCACCAGACAGGCCAUACAAGUGCUCAGUGUGCCAUAAGGCCUUCAGGCAUUUGUCAGAGCUGACCCGCCACGAGAGAGUACACACUGGUGAAAAGCCAUACAAAUGUGACACGUGUGAUAAAAGCUUCAGCCAGUCUUCACAUCUAGCGCACCACCAGCGUACACACAGCUCUGAGCGGCCGUACAAAUGUGCCGUGUGCGAGAAGAGCUUUAAGCACCGCUCUCACCUGGUGCGGCACAUGUACGCUCACUCGGGCGAGCACCUUUUCAAGUGUAAUUUGUGUGAGAUGCACUUUAAGGAGUCGUCUGAACUCCUGCACCAUCAGUGCCAGCCAGAAGGGGAGAGACCUUUCCGCUGCGGUUCCUGUGGAAAGAGCUUCAAGCGCCCGUCCGACCUGCGGCAGCACGAACGCACGCACUCGGAGGAGCGACCUUUCCAGUGCGAGGAGUGCCAGAUGAGCUUCAAACAGCAGUAUGCUCUCGUACGCCACCGUCGUACUCACAAAAAUCCAGCUGAUCGCCCUUUCAAGUGUAACCUCUGUGAUAAGGGCUUUCUCCAGCCGUCCCACCUGCUUUACCACCAGCAGGUUCACGGUAUGGAAAGUCUGUUCAAGUGUGCGUCCUGUCAGAAGUCUUUCAGCCAGUCAGGAGAACUGCUGAGGCACAAAUGCGGUGGUGAAGUGGAGAAGCCCUACAAGUGUGAUGUGUGUGGCAAAGGUUACAAAAAGAAUUCAACGCUGCAGCGCCACCAGAACUCGCACUGCACAGAGAAGCCGCUGAAAUGCUCCCUAUGUGACAAGCGCUUUGUUUCGUCCUCCGAGUUCGUUCAGCACCGCUGCGACCCGACCCGCGAGAAGCCGCUGAAGUGUCCCGACUGUGAAAAGCGCUUCAGGUACUCGUCCGAACUGCAGCGCCAUCGACGAGUUCACACCGGGGAGAAGCCUUUCAAGUGUGCCAGCUGCGACAAGAGCUUCAAGCAACGCGAGCACCUGGCCAAGCACCAGAGCGUUCACUCGCGGGAGACACAGUUCAAGUGCGUGUGGUGCGGAGAGCGUUUUGUUGACCUCACAGCUCUCCAGGAGCACACGGUGCAGCACACUGCUGAGGGUGAGAGCUUCCCUGAGGCCCCCUGCAUCCCAUGAACUGAACUGCUCCUCAGUCCUGGGAAGCAAACAUGUAAUUCACCCACAGAGCAACCUGUGCCAGCCUCCGCUCUCCCCUCUGUAGUUUAAAACCUGCACCUGUUAAUUAUGUUUAAUCAAUUUUAGCAUUGGUAAAGUUAAGACUCAGCUCAUCCUCAUCCUUCGUUGAGUAAAGGGCAAAGCGCCCGAAGCCCGCAGGCGAUUAGGAUCCCUCGACUUGUUUUGGAACACAUGGAAGAAAAACUUGAACAGAAUGAGAAAGGCAUGUAACGUGAAAUGUGGGAAGAUCUUGAUUUUGUUUAGUAGUGCGUGUGGGACCUUAUUCUGUGGUUGCAUGUGAUUGUCUGUUUUGUAACUGUUGAUUCUGUUGUUGGAAAAGAGGGCAAGAACUUCCAGGCAUUUGUCAGAUGUGUGUGUUCAUGUGUAAGCUCCUCUGAAAUCCAUGUGCCUUUUUUUUUUUUUUUAAACCCCAUCACUCAACAUUUCAUGUUUUGAUCAUUUUCAUGUCCAGCGUAACCGAAAACCUCCCAUCCGUAUCCAACGGCUGGCUUGUGCAGCAGUAUCUUUUCACAUACUAGAUCUUAGGUAGUAUCAUCUGUUUGUGCAUGAAUAUUUAUCACACUUUAAUAUCACUGUUGUAUUAUAGGUUUGGUUUAUUUAGGAAAAUAUCCUAAGAAGGAGAAGAAAAAAAGUGGAUUUGUGAAAAUGUAUAGCCCGUGUCCUAUGAAAUCUGUGUUGUUGCAUCUUUGUAUUAAAACAAAUGACAUCUAGGUAACUAACCCAUACCUAUCAUGCCAUACAAACACUUGACAUGUGCAAUAGAACAUGCACAAUGUAAUAUUUAUGACUACUGAUUCAUGGCAUAGUCUACUCUGUUAUAUUAUAGAUUGUGUGUAUACGCUUAUGUAAACAUUGAAAUCUGUAUAGUGUUUAUGUUACCUGCUUUUGUAUUCACCACGAAUGAGCUUGCAGUAUUUUGCAAGCACUUUGAUUUGAGUUGCCGAUGAAUUGUUGCGAGGUUUCACCUGACAAGACUUCAAAACGUUGUAUCGUUCACUUGCCACGAACUUAGCUGCAUUAGUUACUGUUCUAUAGAUCUAACAGAAGUAAUUUUAUUUCGUAUUUUAUUUCAAAGAAUUUGGCCUUGUAACAUCCUCACAGGAUUCCAGCCUCCUCCUCCUGGUCCUCACCAGAUGUUCAGCAGAUUAAUCCGAGUAGCCUCAAACUUGCAAUUUAUGUGUUGGUUUAUGCCGGGCAUAAAGUAAAAAUAUUUGUGUACUUUAGUUUACUGUGUGGGUUUCUAUACUCUGUACAAUCUUUGCAGUAUAUUUAAAAGAAGGUUUUUGGAGUUAAAGAUGAUAGGCGAAGGGGUCGACGGCGGGGCUGGGGAUGGGACGGGGACUGUGUGGUUGUGCCAUGGUGAGUCUGCUUCAGAACCUCCCAAGUGGAGGUGAACGAGUGUAAUGAAGCUUUGAUUUACACAUAAGGAUAUCAAUAUAGACUCCUGUUCAUACUGUAUACAGACAAUUAAAAUAAAACACCCUUAUGCGAA